ACCUAUGAAAGCCCGCCCCCUGUUUUCUUCAACCACCAUUUUGAUAAAACAGGAGGGAGAGCUUCUGUUGAGCCCAUAAACUCCCAAAAUAUCUGAUAAAUAGAGAGAGUACUCUCUGCUUUUUCCAACUACAUACAAAUUAUCUGCCCUGUUUUGUAAAACCUAGACAAUGGCUGAGGCAAUGGAAAACGGAACUGGCACUGACAAGAAGGUGAUGGUGGCCAUUGAUGAAAGCGAUUGCAGUCACUACGCUCUCAUGUGGGUUCUUGACAACCUCAAAGACUCCAUAACCAAGUCUCCCUUGAUCAUCUUCGUGGCUCAGCCACCUGCCACCGGAAAUAUAACAUUUGCUGCGCCUCUCGGCGUUGCUCGCAUGUAUUACCCUAUUUCAUCCACUCCGGGUUAUGUUGAAUCUGCCCAGGAGAAUCAUAGGAAGUUUGCGGUGGCUCUAUUGGAGAAAGCUAAACAGAUAUGUGCUAGUCAUGGGGUAGAGGCAAGGGUCGUUACAGAGAUUGGAGAUCCUAAAACAGCCAUAUGUGAUGCUGUUGAAAAACACAACAUCAAUUUGCUGAUUCUAGGGGAGCGUGGACAUGGCACAAUCAAAAGGGUUGUAUCUUGGAGUUUCGUAGAUCGUCAGUACCUGCACAUAUGAAGGCUACAAAGGCUUUAUGACAAUAUCUUUGACGUGCUUCACUGUACCAAACUCACCUUCUUACUUAUAAUUUAUCUUGCUUUUACUUACCUAUCAAUUUGUUUCAGUUUCAUUAUACCUUAAUAGCUUUCCAAUUUCUUUAUAUGUUAUUUAUAAUAUAAAGGUUUUUGUAUUUGGCUUUACAAAAAGAGCAAAACUAUAUUUUUUAUAACAAUCUAAAGCCUUUAUAGAUUAAAA